UUCAAAUCAUGUCUCAGUCCGACUGAAGGAGAUUUAGGUUCCUUUAUUUAUUUAUUACUUCCUGUUUCAUUUGUUUCAUGUAGCAGAGUGUGAUUUCUAAUGCAGAAAUGCCACAUCUGUGAUGCUAGACUUACCUCAGUAGUUUAUUCUUAUUAACUACUAACUCAUCAGCAUGUGUUAGUCAGAUAGCUGACUGACUAGUUUAACAAGUCGGAAAAAGACAUUUAAAAAAAAAAAGCACCAGUUGUUGCUUUGCAUGAAAUGAUCCUUUAUUUCUUCGUCACGUUAUGGGGAUAAUGUGCACUUUGACGUUCAGCUUGAGCUUAGAAAUGAAUUGACACUGACUACGUUUACAUGGACAGCAGUAAUAUAAUUAUUGACCUUACUCUGAGUAAGAUAAUAAUGUGAUUAAGGUGUUUACAUGAGUCGCUUUUAGAAUACUCCUGUCAUGUUCCUGUUUUACAUGUUUUAGAACAUAAUUAGAUUAACAGCCUGCGUCAUUACGUCACCGCGCCAUGCCGUCCGACGUCCCUCCAGAAUUUCACGUAUCAACAUACAGUUCGUCUUCGUUAUGGGACCGUAUACAGUUUUGGGUGUUUUUAUUUAUUUAUUUAUUUUUUAACGAACGCUUUAAGUGCAGUUAAUUAUUUGUCAUGCUGUACGUGCUAAUAGACGACUGCUUGAAGCAGUGGGUGUGUCCCAAAUCGCGUAGUUACCGUCUAUAUAGUAGCCGAGAUACAUGUAUUUUUCCCCACUACAGGCCUAUAGUAGGAAAGUAUGCGAUUUGGGACACAGACGAACUCUCUUGUUCGCCGUAAAACGUGAAACUGCCGUGUGUGAUCAUGUCCUGUCGCAAAAUGCGGUGAAAACUCUCACACGACGCUCAUAAUGUGAUUAAGGUGUUUACAUGUCUGUGGCCCGAGAGGAGGCGGGUAGAACCAGCAGUUGUAGGCUGUAGAAACAGCUGCUUGAGGAAGAUGAGUCCGUCACAGUGGGAGCUCCCGCCGGAGUUGUGCUGCAGGCCCAUGGCGUUUGUGGCCCUGACAGGACUCGACGUGAUCUACAAUGCCAUCCAUCGCGCCAUCUGGGACGCCUUCUGCGCCAACCGACGGGCCGACAGAGUCCCCAUUUCUUUUAAAGUGCUCCCCGGAGACCACGAGUACCCAAAGUGCAGAACCAAGAGAACCUCCUACGAGUGGUACAUCCCUAAAGGUAUCCUGAAGACAGGAUGGAUGAAUAAGCACCUGAACCUCGUGCCGGCACUGGUGGUGCUCUUCUACGAGCUGGACUGGGACGACGCUCAGUGGAAGGAGAAGCAGUCCGAGUGCGCCACUAAAGUAGAGAUCGUCAGGACAAGUCUGCAGGGCAGAAACACUAAAGUCGCUGUUGUUUUAAUCCAGAAGAAGACUCCUCUUCCCCCUGGUGAGGACGUGGUGGCAUCGGAGAGAGCAGCGGCUCUGUGUAAUUCCUGUGAUCUCUCAGCGAAGUCCCUGUUUGUCCUCCCUCACACCGAUCACCUGGUGGGCUACAUCAUCAGGUUGGAGAACGCAUUUUACGAGCACGCUCAGACUUAUUACUAUAACGAGAUCCGGAGAGUGAAGUCUCACAAAGAGUUCCUCAAUAAAACCACUCAUCAGCUGCUGUUUGUGAGGCACCAGUUUAAAACUGGUUUCUUCAGCGAGCUCAAACAGGACACUCAGAAUGCUCUCAAAUACUAUAAAACCGCUUACAGUCUCAUCCACGAACUUCGAGCCCAUGAGACCAACAUGCUGGAGAUCAAGACUUUGGCUGGGUUCAUCAAUUAUAAGAUCUGCAGGCUGUGUUUUCAGCACAACACCCCCCUGGAUGCCAUUGCUCAGUUCAGGAAACAUAUCGACUUGUGCAAGAAGAAGAUCGGGAGCGCUGAGCUGGCCUUCGAACACUCCGCCUGGAUGUCUAAGCAGUUCCAGUCAUUCGGUGAUCUGUUCGACGAGGCGAUUAAACUGGGCCUCACAGCGAUACAGACACAGAACCCUGGCUUUUACUACCAGCAGGCUGCAUGUUACGCCCAGGAGCGCAAGCAGCAAGCCACCCAGCUCUGCAGUCAUGAGCCCAGCAUGAGCUUUCCCACACCGGACCCUUUGGAGACGAACGCUGGAGCUCUGGAUUUUUAUGGACAGAGACUAUGGAGACAAGGCCAUCAGAGUAUUGAUCCACCUGAUGCAGAGAAGGAAAAACAGGGUAUUCUCGCUCUCCAGCUGAAGGAGAGUGAGGUGCCCCAUUCGGAGCUGAUCAUCGCAUUGCUCAGUAACGCCGUUGCACAAUUUAAGAAGUACAAGUGUCCUCGCAUGAAGAGCCAUCUGAUGGUCCAGAUGGGUGAGGAGUAUUACAACGCUAAGGAUUACACUAAAGCUUUAAAACUGCUGGACUACGUGAUGUGUGACUAUCGGACUGAACGCUGGUGGACUCUGCUCACCUCCAUCUUGUGCACAGCCCUAAAGUGCUCGUACCUAAUGGGCCAUAUUAAAGACUACAUCACCUACUCAAUGGAGCUUGUGGGCAGAGCUUCUACUCUGCGUGAAGAUCAAAAGUCCAGGAUUGAGAAGAACUUGAUCCGAGUGCUUAUGAACGAGGUUCCUGAGCCAGAGCCGGAGUGUGAUCCAGGCUCCGUAAAAGCAGCUCAGGUGCUGUGGAGUGACCGCGUCUCACUGUCCAGCAAUAACGAGUUCACCGUCGAGGUGCAGGACUAUGUGCCCUUCAUCCAAUGCAAGGCCAAGUUCCUGUCUCCAAGCUUUCACGUUGACGAGCCUGUCCAGCUACAUGUGUACUUGAGAGCUGACUGUCCCCAUCCUGUCCGUUUCGCCAAGCUGUGUGUCAGCCUUAGCAACCAGGAGUAUAACCAGUUCUGCCUGGUGGAAGAGGCAUGCAAAGGAAAGGACAUCUUAGAAACGUCCUCGCAGCAGAACAUGUGUCUCGUUCCCGGCAAAGCCCGCAAGUACUGCUUCAAAUUUGUGGCUAAGACUGAGGACGUUGGAAGAAAGAUCGAGAUCACGCAUGUGGACCUGAUGCUGGGCAGUGAGAGUGGCCGCUGUGUGUAUCUGAACUGGAGGGGGGGAGGCGGUGAUGCUGCAUCUACCCAAGAAGCUUUGCAAGCGUCCCGCACUUUUAAGAGGAGAACCCGAAUCCCAGAACAGCAGGUUGACUGGGAUGCAAUUUCCAUCCAAGCUAACACUAUGGUCAUAUCCCGAGUGCCCCGAAUCUCUGUACAGCUGCAUCACGAUCCCCCAGCCCUGACUAAUGAGAUGUACUGCAUGACCGUCACCAUCCAAUCAGAGGAAACCACGGUGGCCAAAGACGUCAGUCUCACUGCCGGCCUCAAACCAGGUCAGGAUGCAAAUCUCACACAAAUGACCUACGUUACACUGAAUAGCGCAGAGGUGUGUGAUGAAGCACAUCCUGCUUUGCUCACUGAUAUUUCUAUCGGAGAGCUGCAGCCAGGGCAGAAGAUUGAGAAGAAGCUGUACAUUCGCUGUGUGAGCACUGGCUCCAGAAUCUUCCUGUUUCAUGUGUCUUAUGCAAUGAGCACCACGGUGGAGGGUAAAGACAUCACAUGCAGGUGUCACAAGGACGAAACCGUGACCAUAGACACAGUCGUUCCAUUUGACGUGGCUUUCAAGUUCAUGUCCACCAAGUUUGAGCACCUGGAGCGAGUGUAUGCGGACGUGCCCUUCCUGCUGGCGACAGACAUUUUGAGCGCAUCACCCUGGCCUGUGCGUUUAGUUAGCAGUGAUCUUCAGCUGGCUUCCAACAUGGCCGCCGUCGACGAGCCCCAGAGCCAGGUGGAGGGAGUGGUGCUGCAGACGGGCGAGUGUGCAAGCGAGUGCUUCAGUCUCAGAUGUCCUCCUGUUCAGAACGGCACCAGCACCGUGGCAGCAGGACACUACCUCAUCUCUUGGAAGAGGAAAUCUGCGUGUGCCGAGACACCAGUUGUCAAAACAAGUAUGAUCCUGCCUCACGUCAUCGUAGAGACUAUUCCUCUGUAUGUGCAUGCUGACCUCCCCUCGUUUGGUCGUGUGCGCGAGUCUCUACCUGUGCGCUAUCACAUCGAGAACCGGACCGGGCUGGUGCAGGACGUGGAUCUGUCCGUGGAGCCCAGCGACGCCUUCAUGUUCUCCGGUCUCAAACAGCUGCGGAUGAGGAUUUUGCCGGGUGCAGAGCAGGAAAUGGUGUACAAUUUCUACCCUCUGAUGGCUGGUUAUCAGAACCUUCCUGUGCUGAACAUCAACCUGCUACGCUUCCCCAACAUCUCCAACCAGCUGCUGCGCCGUUUCCUCCCCACCCGCGUCUUCAUCAAGCCUCAGGGACGAAACGCAGACGCUUCUAUUGCAGCCGCCUGAGACACAUGCCAAGGCUUCUAAUCUCAAACUAGUUUAGCUUGAUUUGUGUUAUAAUGCUUAAAUAUUUUUGAGUGGAGUACCACUGGUGCAACGUCAUAGCGAAAGAAACCCUUGAGGCCAGACCCUCUGGAUUCGAGCAGAUAUGUUUGUUUGAACGUGUUGAAGAGAGACAUGCCACUUGUAGCGAUUCCUCCCAGAGAAUUUAUACGCCAUGGCAGGAUGAAGACUGACAUUCCCUUUCUCCUAGGCAGUGAUGCAGUCUGGAAAUCCAGUGUGUGGUUAGUGUAACGUAAUGACGUGUUGUACACUGCACUGGAUGUGUGAAUCAUGCCUUGGUUGCUUUUUGUUUGUUUUAUUUAAAUUUAUGCUUUAAAAAAGUGUUGUUUCUGCUGCUGUUAUUAAUUAAUCUUAAUGAAUCUUGUGACUAAACAUUUACUAAUGUGAAUCCAAAAUAUGGUAAUAAAAUAAAGGAUUAUUCCUGGCA